AUGAAAUUGUUCUCCUUUUUAAAACGAAGUCACAAAUAUUUGAGAAUACAGAGGAACGUCCACAGUGACUCAUAUAUAUGCAGGAGCAACAUCAGAUUUUUUCACACUAUAAAUUAUGCGCACUUGGCGCAUUUGGUCAGCAGAAAAAGAAGCAAUUCAGAAGAAGUGAGUUCUCUGCAUGCUCUGCUCAGCACUUUGUUGAAAGGAAGACAAAGGGAAAAUAACCAGUACAGUGAAGUUAGCAUUCACAAGGGGCACACGUGCCACAUCGGAUCAGAUCAAUAUGAAUACAAAAAUCUUUUAACGAGGUGGAAAGAGCUAGUCAAGAUAUAUAUAAGCUGGUUUCCAGAAAUUACGGAAGACAAAUAUAGGUCUAAAUGUUUUUCACUACCCACCUAUUUAGUCAUCCAUGUGGUAAUCCCCGGUAGCGACACAACUGAGACAAACACAUUGCAACAAUUUGAAGAAUUCAAUUUUGACACCCUCCUAAAAAGUGUUUAUGGAAAGGGGGAAGAUAUAUCUGAUGGAAACCUCCACAAAUAUCUUCCCAAAGAGGCAGAUCACUCUCAUUCCAAUGCAAAAGGGGAAAACUCACCAAAUGGACGUGAAUCUAUUAAUGAUGAAGGAAUUCACAGUUUAGAAGAAGACAACAGGGGGGAAGAUUCUAAUAGUGGGAAAAAUAAGUCCACCAGAAAAAAAAAAAAAAAUGACAAUUCGGAUAAUUACGAUGUACACUACGUUAUCGGAAGAAAUGUCGACGAUGCAUACAAUAAAAUAGAAAGCGUUAUAAGUAAGGUGGACUUUUCUGAACUGGGGGUACACGUGAAAGAUCGAGCCAAUGGAAGUAACAAAUGGCAGGCAUGCAGUGGAAGAAAUUACUUCUUCUCCCUUAACAUGCUGGAUCUGAAAGAUAACGAGGCAGACAGGAAAAUACUAAGUCGAUGUAUGAGAGGAGAUUUUACAGAGACAGUGGCCCCCGUAGCGAAGUCCCAACCCAGUGAUGACCACCAUCCCCAUCCUUUUCUCUUCAUCGUAUACGACUAUAAAACUCUAAUCCACGUAUUUAAUAACGUCAAAUUGGAAAUGCCUAAUAUCGACAGCGUCUUCGAUGUAUAUAUUUUGAGUUCCCUAUUGCAGCUCGUGCAGAGGGGGGAGAAGCUUCAAAAUGUGUUCAGUGCCUAUGCAGCACAGUCUGCGGGAGGUAUAUUGUCGACGCUGAACACUACGUCCAUUUUGGAGCUACCCACUGUGGAGUUCAUGAGGAAAUGUCACUUUGCCAUUAUGCCACCCGAAUUUUCGGACGUCAUUUCUGGAAAAUAUGGUAUUUUCGGGUGGGGCAAAUAUCAGAAGGUGAAAAUAAAGUGUGAAAGAAAAAAGAAAGGAAUCCGCUCUACAAAAAAAAACUCAAAGGAUAACCUUGUCAUUUCGGAGAGUCAAUCUCAUGAUGAUUCCACUUGCACCCUCUCCAUUGCGGCACAAAAAAUCAGCAGGGUGAGACAGAACCAUUUCAGUUUUACUUGCGCAGACAUAAAGGACCAAAGGAGCAUUAAAAAAUUGGCAUUCGGAAAUAAAAGGAGCCUCUAUGAAAUUACGGAGGAAGAUAUGAUCAGCUAUUGUAUAUCGAGAAAUUGCUGCAUGAUGGUACUCUUCGAUUUUUUGAUGGACAUAUUUGCGAAGAAUUUAAACUUGUUAAAUAUUUACGUCAGGAUUGAGCAACCACUCAUCCUAUGUAUUAGCGAAAUUGAAAGGAGGGGCAUUUUUUUAAACAAGAAGAAAAUUGAGGAAAUUCACCAAAGUUGUAGUAACCCCUUAGUGUAUAAAGAAGAGAUAGAACAGCUCUGUGAGUGUAACAUCAAUUUGAAUUCAUCCAAGCAGGUUGCAUCCCUCAUAUAUGGACACUUGCUUGAUCUUACCAUCAACCCUAACGUGGAGGUAGUCACUGCGAUUGAAGAUGAAGUGCCUCAUGCAGAAAGUAUAAAUUAUAAUAAUACGAUUGAAGGGGACAACACGGGUAAACCGUUAAGUCACAUGUGUGAUGAAUUUUACCAUACCCAAGGGGCAUUUGAGCGUGAGGGGGAAAACAUAGAGGGGGACACGGGAAAUCCACAGUCACAAUUUUAUGGAGACAGAAACAGGGGGAAUACGAUGAGGGAAGAGGCAAAGUUAGAGGAGAGUAACUUACUGAGAAACAUCAUUACGAAUGGUAAUUACCCCCAUUUUGCGACAGAGGCAUCUGUAGCCAUUGGCACAUCAGAAGGAACGAAGCCAUUCCCCCAACUUCACAACACCAUUAAUGAAAUGAGAAGAAGCAAAAGUUUGCAAACGAACAACAAAACGCUCAAACUAAUUGUGGAUGAAAUUGAACGGAAUGAACUUAUUGCAGAAAAGGAAAAAGAAAAAAUGAAGAAAAUUAUCAACAAUGUGAAACUGUACAGAGAAUCCAAGAAGCUCUUUCAGAAUUAUAUAGAAAAUUUACCCAAGUUUAUACAGAAGGAGACGAAUAAGAUUCACUGUAACUUCAAUCAGGUAGGGGCGUCUACAGGUAGGCUCUCUUGCGAGCACCCCAACUUGCAGAAUAUCCACUCCAGGUUCCGCUGCGCAAUAUCACUCAAGGGAGAGGAUUCUAGCAGCGUUGAGGUAGGGAAAGACAAGCUGACGGUGGCAGAAGACCCAGACCGAGAAAUUUUAACUUGUGAAAUGUCCCCCCAUGAAAGUACCCCUUCCGAUGGCGAGAACCUCAUCACCUUUGACUACAAGCAGAUGGAGUUGUUCGUAAUGGCGUACCUUAGCUUCGACAGACAGUUACUGAAGAUGCUGCAGAGCGGCGAUGUCUUCGUUGAGACGGCGAAGGUACUAUUUAACACAACCCAAGUGACGAGCGAGCUAAGGAGAAUGACCAAAACGGUGAUCUAUGGGAUUUUGUACGGACAAACCGAAAAUGGAUUGGCCAGGAGCCUCCUGAUAAGCGAAGGAAUGGCAAGUAACCUAAUAUCGAAUUUCUUUCAGGUUUUCCCCAACGUGUACAGAUUUAUGGAAAUGCAGAAAAUUCUGCUCAAGCAUAUGAAUAGAGUGUACACGUUAGUCGGGCGCAAGAGGAUAAUUGAGCCCACCGUAAAAAACAAGUAUCGCAUAAGCAUGAACACGCCGAUUCAGGGGUGCGCGGCGGACAUCAUGAAAUUCGCCUUGCUGUCUUGCUUGAGCAUUAUGACCCAUGGGCGUGGGCGCCAGGUCGUUAGCAAUUUCGGCAGUGUACAUGAGCCACAUAACAAGUACGACGUACACUCCAUGGGCCAUUGGACCCAAAGCGCACGCCUAUUAGAAAUAAACAACGUGAGUGCAGCCCUCCUGGAAGAAAACAAACCAUUCCUGGAAGCAACCAAAUUAAUUUUGCAAGUGCACGAUGAAUUGUUAUUUGAAAGCACCAGAAGAGCCACGGCCCCAAUCAUUAGACUCAUCAGCCCCAUUCUAGAAAACGCUUUUUACAAUUUAAUUCACUAUACAAAUACGUGCGAUAGGUUGGUUCUUCUUUACGAUUACAUGCAUCAUAAUAUUUCUGUGCAGACGUAUAUACAGUAUCUGCAGUUAUCUAAUAAUGGGCAGACGUGGGAUUCCUACUCCUAUGGGCCAAAUGAUAGGCACUGUAAUUGGUCGAACAAGUUAAAUUCAAUAUUUGAGGAAUUCAAUUUUAUGUUACCGAUUAAGGUAGAAACGGGGGACUACUACAAAGAGUUUUCUUAA